AUGCCUGUAUCCAUCUCCGGCGCCUCGAACGUUCUGUUCGCGCUCUCAACGAUCAAACAUCGGCGCCCUCUCAAACCCCCGUUUGUAACGACGAAACGCAUUCCAUCGUUCGCCCACAUAUGGACUGUCCAGAUCGCCCCGAUGGGCGCAACGGUACACGUUAUUCCGGGCGAACACGUUUCGCAGGGUGGGGCUGCAUCGAUAUUCGUCAUCGACGUCGGCAAGGUCGUCCAUCCGCCGUCUUCGCGCUUAAUGGAACGGGGCGCCUCGAAGACGGUCCGGACGUGGAAGCGUAACAUCGGCCCAAGCCGACAUAACGCCCGCGCCCGCGCCCGCGAAUGCGAUGUCCGAUGCCCCGAUGCCCGAGCUCGACUCUCGUCUCGCCCCUCCCUUUCUUUUCAUUCCGAAGCUAUCGGUCUCAUGCUCUUGCUCAGCGCUACGAGCACGAGGGCAAAUCGUGGCCCCGGCCUGUUUUCGCGCUCGCAACUUUCGUCUCGUUCUGAUCUUGGCCAAGCGCUGAGAGCGGACUAUUCCGAGGAGGGGGCAAGGGGGCGUUCCCUCGGCAUCGGCACUCGGCGACCAUCUUCUCUUCCGUACUCCCUCCUCGCCCUUUCAUCGCCGGACAGGCGCUCGAUGCUCGGACAGCGAACAAGCAAGGUUGUGGAAAGAGUCAACGUUCCCCAACCCACCGCACACGCGCCCUUCUCCUUUUCCCUCCAUCCCGAACUCAACGCGAUCUGUCAACCCCCGUACUCUUCCCUAGCGUUCUCCCAUUGCAAUCCUUGA